AUGCUGCCAAAAAUCGUGACCGCACUCUUCCAAUGCCAACCUCUAACAAAGACAUUUGGUGCUGCCCAAGAGCGCCUUGCCCAAGCCGAGAACCGACAGAAAGACGGAUAUGAAGAGCUGAAAGACAAAUAUGUGCGUUGGGCCACAACUCGUGGUUUGAACGACAGCGAUUCAGAGGAACGCCAGAAUGGAGCAAGAGUUUUUGUAAAAUCGUUUUAUGGCAUAGAACGAUCAGACGCAUUGAAGAAACUUUCUGAAAAGGUGGCAGUCAUUGAAAUAGAAUCACCUCCUUGCGAAUUUUGCAUUAUGGACCAACUCAAAUCUGCGUAUUAUUUGGAGCCCGAGAAGUUUAUGCUCCUGACCCGAGUAUUAUUACAGGAUCUACAAACUAUCUACAACAACGCGAAUAUCUGCCGGCUCUUCAACGAGGCGGGCUAUGACGUGGCCGAAGAGGGCGCUUUCGACAAUAUCGACAAAAUGGCGAUUGAUACGAAUCCUGAUCAUUUGCCGAUCGACGAAUCGAGCUUGUUGCCGAAUGCGCGGCGCGUCGAGUUCUACAAGAAAUUCGUCGAAGAACUGGAUGGUUUUCACCGGGAAUGGGAUUCGGGGUGGAGUUAUGAUCGUGAAAGCACUCGUUCGGCUUGCAAGGACAAACAGCCCCAGAAAUUGCUGAAGGAAAUGGGAUCCCUAUUCUUCCAAUGCGAGCCCUUCGGAACGAGCGAUGUUCAAAACACGGAACAACUGCUGGGACUAUUCGACGCACUUGAGCGACAGCACCCUUUGAUUUAUGGCUUGGCUCCAGAACAAGUGUCAGAGAAGCUGCUUGACGAGGUUACCUAUAUUGAAAAAGAAUCACCCACGCCAGCAUCAGACACUUGCGUUUUCGACCAACUGAAAACGGGCUACUACCUGGAGCCUGAGCGGUUUAUGCCGCUCAUUCGUGUUUUAUUACAGGACCUGCAAAUUUUGUACAACAACGCGAAUAUCUGUCGCCGUUUUGCUUCAUAUGUGACCCACAUCUUGCUCAAGGACGCCUUCUCGGGAGUGAUUCACUACUUACCAUUCUGGUCCAGUCGUCGGCUAGGCCUGUCAUGGUCCUACGUCUCCUCAUCCUUAUCAGUAUAUCCAUGGCGGAAGCAUGGGAUUGUCGUUUCCGUCUGUAUCAUAUCGCAUGCCAGGCUACAUUACUAUGUCUCGCGUGAUCGUUGGAUGAUGCUGGCGAUCGCCAUGCAACGGGACGAAGAGCACCCGCAGAUCGAUGAGGCACAUCUAAUAGCAAGCGAGCAGAGAACGCGGUUCUACAAGACCGCCAUGAUCUCCAGUCUGACAACACUUUUAUGGAUGGCGACAAUAGGAGCUUGCAGUGAGGAACCCAUCCGAUAUUUCGGGAACUGUCUUUCCGUAAAAGAUGAUUCCGGCUGCCACCUGCACUCUGAUUUUUAUAAAUCAAAUUGGACGAAGGAAGACCUCGGCAAAUUGCCGGAACAUAUCCUAAGCUUCUUCAACCAUAGCGACACCAUAGCUGAGAUCAUCUUGCGGGCGCGGCGCGACAAGCUUGGGCUCAACAACUAUGCGUCCGCCAGGGAAUGGCGCGACGUGGUACUGUCCAUGAAGAAAGAGGACUAUCAGCGUUCCAUCGAUACAUCCAACUUCCUACCCAACGCGCAACGAGCGCAAUUCUAUAAAGAGUUUGCGCAGGAGCGUUAUCAGUUUCUCAACAUGAUGGUACCCGAUGACUUCGGUUGGGAGCCAGGUAAUCCACUCGACACCGAAGAUGCCUGCAAACUUGUGCAGCCCCAGAAAACUUUGGAGAAAAUGUUCACCAAAAUCCUCGAUUGCCAUCGACUCGGCAAGAGCGAUAUUCAAAUUAUGGAGGACCUGCUCGGAGCAUUUGAUGACCUCGAGCAACAUCCUAAUUGGGCAGUAUAUCGGCCAAAGAGUGCUAAGGAGACCGCAACCGUUUCGGAAGACCUUUUAGCGUUUGGAGCAUUUGUAAAACGAUACUUCUAUGGACCUAAUCUGUUUGCGCGCAACAGAACGCGAAAUGACCCUGACCAGAAGGAAACAACUGAUAUGCUUUAUUCCGCGUUUGCCACGAAGUUAAAUCUGUCCCCGAAAAAGGCGCUGGAAAGUGUCGAUGAAGUCGAGUACAAAGACCUAAAGGAGAGAUUUCUCCUCUGGGCUGCGGAUCGUGGUAUAUGGCAAGGAUCGCGCGACAACGGUUCGAAAACUGUAUUCGGAGGUUGCGAACAUAGAAAAAGAGACCCUUGCGUCUCAUUCUUGCAUACUCGACCAACUGCCGUCGACCGACUAUUUAACUCCCGAGAAGUUCAUGCCGCUGCUUCGCGUCUUGCUCCAGGAUCUGCAGAUAGCGUACAACAAUGC